AUGAAACCAUUUUACCAUGGAAAAAAUAAAACUUCUGGAGAAUCGUCUAACAGGGCCAACUAUGCACUGAGCCAUGGUGUCACAGGGGGAGUUCCUUUGAUAGGGUGGGAAGGAGAAAGCCCUGGCACACCCCAACAACCACGCGGCAUAUCGUAUCGCGAAGGAAAAAAAGGAAAAGACAUCCCCCCUUCUAUAGCAUCCAAGAGAGAUAACAAAACAGGCUCAUCCCUCAGCUGGUGGAAUUCUUUUCCCUCAGAGUUAAACACACAAAGAAAAAAAAGCAUACAUAUGAAUGAUAACCAUAUAGUAGAAGUAGGAAAGACAUACACCUCCAUAAACACAACUACGAACAGAAGUAACUAUGCCUACCGUGCAGACGCACGAACGAAUACCGAAGCCAACUCUACGGGCAUAUGCUUGGUGAAACGGUUAAACGGAAAGAUCGAACAAAUUGACAUGAGGGAUAUACAGACCGCCUUUCCUAACUAUAUACCAUAUGAGAGAAACGAGAACAACACACUCCUCUCGUCAGUCUUCAACUCCGCAGACGAUACGGAGAAAAGUAAAGGAAAGGUAGGCGACAUUUCUAACCUCCCUGUUGUAUAUCAAAAUGUGGAGCUCGACUUAGAUCUCGUAAAGAAGUGUAGACAAGCAUCCACAAGUAGGAAAGCCUUCUCCCAAAUGCGCCAACGAAGUGUCAAACACUCUGCUAAAAUCAAACUACCUAUUGGUAUCCCCCCCUUAGGUCAAACAGCUCUUGGGUCGCACCGAAAAACGCUGCUACCCCCCAGAAGUUUCAGUUGCAACAAUACCAUUUAUAAUCCUUCUGAUUGUCGCCAGAGCAGCGUACUCAGAUCCACCUCACAGAAACGAACAUUCUCCAAUGUACAAACAUGGUAUAGCGCCCCAGGAGGGGAAUCGAACUUUCCUUCUUGCGGGAAAUGUCCCAUUAAGAGGUUUCCAUCUGCUCAGCAUCCUGAGCACGCAAGCACGAUGUCGCUUUGCUCACCAGAAGUGGUCCCUCCUAAGAAGGAUGCAACUCCCCAGACCAGUUUACUGAAACGAUAUGCCACUCCCAUGCUGUUAAAGCAUUCUACAAAUAUGAUCCUGAGUCAGUUAAAAAAGAUGAAAGGCAGCCACGGGAUCCACGAGAAAGGAACAUGUAUGAAGUUAGAGAACAAGGAGAAGCAGAAAGAGGUACAAUUUGAACCAAGUUCAUUUUCGAAAAAGCAUAUGGAUCACCAACCUGCGGUGGAUGGCAAAAUAGAUAAAGUGGAUUAUCCUCGAUGCAAUUCUUCCUCCGUUAAGAACUACCACCAAGUUGACGUACGGAGCAACCCAUGUAACAUCUCCACAGGGGGGUACAGGGGGGGAGAUUUGACCCUUCAGAAGCUGCUUGCGAAGAAAACCAAAGUAAAGUCAAUCGAAGAGGAAAAGUACAUAGAAAAGGUAAAUUCAUACAAAGUGAUAUACCAGAGCGACGAUUUUGUGAGCAUCUAUCAAAACGGAGGAGACAAAAUCAUUAAGGAUCACUGCAUCGAUAUGUCCAGUUUGUUAUGUAUCCCUGGAUAUGUCGGGGGUUACCUAUGUGAAUCAAAUUCCACGGUUCAUCAUUCCCAUGCUAAUGGGAAAGAGAAUCCGCAGGAAAAGGAUAUAGAACGAAGUGGAAGCAUAGUCUCUGCUAGAAGUUUCACUACGCAUGCACAACAGGAACAGGGGAAACUUUGGAUAGAUCCCGAUGUUGACCUUCUAAAUGAUAACCUAAUUUUAUAUCAUCUUAGGAAAGCUAUAGACAGCUCACUCACACUUAACGUCGAUUUGCAGUAUCUAGUACUUUUGAACGAAAAAUUGAAGAACAGAAAAUCGGUAGGGGAAUCACUGCGGGGGCUGAGGGGGGAACCUUUCCCCAUAGUUGUGUAA